AUAAAACACCGCCUCUAAACCGAAAUGAAGUCAUGGCAGGAAAACAGGAAGUGGAACUAAGCAAUGCAACUAAAUAAAGGUGGAUAGUCAGCAUUUAGCGGCGUUACAAAACAUGACACUCAGAAACCCAUGUAUCGUGGUGGUUGGUGCUGGUGUGGCCGGACUCUCUGCAGCCAAGAAGCUGAAAGAAUACGGGUUUAAUGACGUCACGGUGCUGGAAGCCUCCGAGAAGGUCGGAGGAAGAGUAGCUUCUGCAACUCUUGGGAAUGCAUGUGUUGAUACUGGAGCUCAGUACAUCCAUGGGGCGUCAGAAAAAAACCCUGUUUACUGUCUACUAAAAAAGUCUGGCCUUCUAAACCAGGUCCCUGACAUGGGCACAGAAGCAUUUUACAGUAACAAGGGACAAAAAGUGGAUGCAAACUUCGCCAGACGUGCAUAUGAAGCUGGGGAGGGCAUUAUUCAACACCGUGGUUUCAACACGGGAAAGAGUUUAGGUGAACACUAUGCAGAAAAAACCCAAGGUGUGAUUGACAGCUUGCAAGACAAGGAUGAGAAAAUGAGAAUGCAGAGUGUUUUUUCUUUGGUUGGCAAAGACAUGCUGAUUGACGUUGGAGCUUCAGACCUCCACAGGAUCUCUCUUGACUCCUGGCAGUAUUAUAUCAACAUGGGUGACAGUCUCAAUAUUGCAGGUUUAAUGUUUCAGCUUGUAGAUAUACUACUGGAGGACUUCCCUAAGGAUUGUUUGCUGCUGAAAAGAGAAGUUAGUAAGAUCAAAUGGGAUGGAUCCUUCGCUGUAGCCCCCUCUCCGACUGCUCACACUGAAGCUGCUUCUGAUGAAAAAGUCCGCCAGUACCCAGUUUGUAUUGUCUGUGAGAAUGGAGAAGAGAUUCUUGCCGAUCAUGUAAUAGUGACCAUUUCACUGGGUUGUCUAAAAGCUCAAGCUUCCAGCCUCUUCAUCCCCGGUCUCCCAACCGAGAAAAUGGAGGUCAUCGAUAAGCUGUGCUUUGGCAAUAUUGCCAAGAUCUUUCUGGAGUAUGAAGAGGCAUUCUGGGAGAAUGAAGUUGGUACUAUCAGCCUCAUUUAUGAGGAUGACACGCCUGCCUCAGUAUCCACCAAUAAAAUGCAGUGGCUCAAGAACUUGCAGUACUUUUCUGUCCUGAGACCCAAAGAAAGGUUUGGUAAUAUCUUAAUUGGUUGGUGUCCAGGAGACAUUGCUGACCUGAUUGAAACCAUGACAGAUGACGAACUCUCAACUGCUGUCACUGAUCAUCUCAAAAUGUUCUUUGGACAUUCAAACAUUCCUCAGCCAAAGUCCAUUCUUAGCACUAAGUGGCGCAGCAACAAGUUCGUAAAGGGAACUUACACUUUCCUCCCUGUUGGUGUUGAUGGGAAAGUUAUGGACACGUUGGCACAACCCCUAGUGGGUAGCCGGUGUCCUGGUGAAGAUCUUCAGGUCUUGUUUGCAGGUGAGGCAACGAUGAAGACUCUUUAUGGCACAGUGCAAGGAGCUCUUCUCUCAGGACACAGAGAGGCAGACAGACUGGCAGAACAUUAUAAGAAGACAGCGGCUCCCACUUCCACUACUUCAUUGGACAAACAAGUUUAGAGAGUUAAAAUCUAUUAUCUAAAAUUUAGACAAGCAUCCAAUUGUCUAAAGACAUCAAUAUACAGAUAUUGUUGUCGGGAAGUUACCGAAAUGAUGAUGUGAUGAUAAUGAUGAUGAUGGUGUGAUCUCAACAAGCCUGCCCCCAUGAGGCUGCUCCAUGUAAAAUAAAACAACUUUUUAUCAUAUUUCUUUAGUUACAAAACUGUUUUAAUGAGGAGAAAAUGACUGAGGCUUUUAGAAUUUUACUGAUGUAUACUGUAGCUUUUUAUAUUAUAUAGCUACCUAGUACCUACGAAUAAAU